GACGACGGGUUUGUGUCUUCCGCUUCCGCCUUCGUGGACGUGGGUCCCACCAAAGGCUGCCGGAGGCAGUGUUCGAGCGUGUGGGUCUCAUUAUACAGCCUUUCCUCCUCUCAGACACACCCACGUCCUCCGGAUUGAGUGACCUAUUUACUCGCCUUCCUGCGGAAGCUUUGAGCGAUCGGAACCUUUGUGCGACCGGAACUAAGGUGCCGAACUGCGCUGGCACUCGGAAGGCUUCAUAAAUAGAGAAAUCCCAGUUCUUUUCUGGCGGUCGAUUGCUGGAGUUCCGGUGAGAGAAUAGUCGACGGAGGUCUUCAGCUUCAGUUCCUGAUAUGCACCGACCGAAUUUUCGACCCCCAACUCCUCCGUACCCCGGCCCGGGGGUAGGAGGCUGGGGUAGCGGAAGCAGCUUCCGGGGUGCCCUGGGCGGGGGGCCGCGACCGCCCUCCCCGCGGGACGGGUACGGGAGUCCGCACCAAACUCCGCCGUGCGGGCCCCGGGCUAGGCCGUACGGGAGCAGCCACUCUCCGCGGCAUGGCGGCAGCUUCUCGGGGCCCCGCUUCGGGUCUCCGUCCCCGGGCGGCUACCCAGGCUCCUACUCCAGGUCCCCCGCGGGGUCCCAGCAUCAAUUCGGCUACUCCCCAGGGCAGCAGCAGACCUACCCCCAGGGUUCUCCAAGGACAUCUACACCAUUUGGAUCAGGGCGUGGUAGAGAAAAAAGAAUGUCUAAUGAGUUGGAAAGUUAUUUUAAGCCUUCAAUGCUUGAAGACCCUUGGGCUGGCCUAGAACCAGUGUCUGUAGUGGAUAUAAGCCAACAGUACAGCAAUACGCAAACAUUCACAGGCAAAAAAGGAAGAUACUUUUCUUAACUUUUCUGAAAUUCAACUGGAAGCUUCAUGUGUCAGGAACAUCUUGGACAGAACUUUACACAACUUGUGUAAAUGAGUUGAACCCAAAGAUGCCUGUGCUACGUGGUGGUGGCAUACACCUUCAAUGCCAGCACUGGGAGGCAGGCAGGCGGAUCUGAGUGUGAGGCCAGCCUGGUCUACAGAGUGUGUUUCAGGACAGCCAGGGCUACACAGAGUAACCCUGUCUCAAAAAAACAAAGAAGAUGCCUGUGAUCAAGGGAUCACAACAAGUUAAUCUUUCUCCCAUUUUACAAAAGAAACCAAUGGUAAGAUUUGUUUUCCAAAAUGGGCUCAACAGUAUUUCAAGUCCCAUAUACUCUUGCAGAAUUCUGCCACUUCCCUAUCAAGAGAAUGUGUCAUUUUGAACUUUAUCAAACAUUUCUUACUGUCCUGAUUAAAGGAGUAUGAUGAAGUUUAUUUUUAUUAUGAGUGAAACAUUUCAUCCAAACUGUUACACUUGCAUAUGGAAAUGUUCAGAGUUCAGAUGUUUUGACCAGUAAAGGAGAUGGCAGUGUGUGUUUAAUGGCUCUUUUUUUUUUUUUUUUUUUUGUCCCCUGUUUUAAAAACUAGUCUUUGGGUGAGUCACAUGAAAGGAAAACUA